AAGAAGACGACAAAGUGGGAGGGCAAAGAAGACGAAGAAGAAAAAGGCAAACGAAGAAGAAGAAGACCAAGGUCGACUUUGUGUGGUUGUCCGUGAAAAUGGCGAGCCUUUUAACGCGAUCGGGGGCAUUGACUCCAUAUAUGCAAGCCACAUCUUUUACAAUCGCUGGCCCACUCAAAGCUUUGGUUCCUGGGGUUCCUGUCAAGUCCGAGCGGGUGUUGUUGAACCCAAAGAAGUUGUUCCUAUGCCGGGAAUCGCUCAAUGGCCAAAGCCCUAAGACAGGACCCGCCAUCACGGUUAGCAUUAAUGCCUGUUCGGCGGUGCGAUUGGCCCACACGGACGUCAGGGUACCAGACUUCUCCACCUACAGACGUCCAGAGGUGCUGGACCCCCAUAAGUCCUCCCAGGAGACCAGUGAAUCCAGAAGAGUCUUUUCAUAUUUGGUGACGGGUGCCACGGCGGUGAUGGGCGUCUACGCCGCUAAGACGGUGGUCACUCAGUUUGUGUCCUCCAUGAGCGCAUCAGCGGAUGUUCUUGCCUUGUCUAAGAUCGAAAUCAAGCUCGGCGAAAUCCCAGAGGGCAAGAACAUGACGUUCAAGUGGAGAGGCAAACCCCUUUUUGUCCGUCACCGCACCGAGCGAGAGAUUGCGAUGGAGGAAGCGGUGAAUUUGUCCGAGCUGCGUGACCCUCAACAUGACAAGGACCGCGUCAUCAAUCCCAGUUGGGUCAUUGUUCUCGGCGUGUGCACCCAUCUCGGUUGUGUACCCAUCGCCAACGCUGGUGACUUUGGAGGUUACUACUGCCCUUGUCACGGCUCGCAUUACGACGCUUCAGGCCGCAUCAGGAAAGGCCCCGCACCACUCAACUUGGAGGUUCCGUACUACGAGUUUCCAGAUGAAGACACUGUGGUUGUUGGAUAAUCCUUACACGUCUCUCUCUCUCUGUUAGUGUUGAAAUAAAGUCUGCUCUCAGCAUUUUAUCCCAA